CCGCGCUCGCGAUUUGAUCAAUCUGCUAGUAGUGCUGUGAGAAUCGUGUAGUGUUAAGUAAUUUAUUAUUCUAAUAAAUCAAAAUGAGGGAAAUCGUGCAUCUCCAAGCGGGUCAAUGCGGUAACCAGAUCGGAGCUAAAUUCUGGGAGAUCAUCUCUGACGAGCAUGGCAUUGACCCUACCGGUGCCUACCACGGCGACUCAGACCUACAGUUGGAACGCAUCAACGUCUACUACAAUGAAGCCUCCGGGGGCAAAUAUGUGCCUCGUGCCAUUCUCGUCGACCUCGAGCCUGGCACCAUGGACUCUGUCCGUUCUGGACCUUUUGGACAAAUCUUUAGACCUGACAAUUUUGUGUUUGGACAGUCUGGUGCAGGAAACAACUGGGCCAAGGGACAUUACACAGAGGGCGCUGAGCUCGUAGAUUCAGUUUUAGAUGUAGUACGAAAAGAAGCAGAAUCUUGUGAUUGUCUCCAAGGCUUCCAACUCACACACUCCCUCGGUGGUGGUACCGGAUCCGGUAUGGGUACCCUUCUUAUCUCCAAAAUCAGAGAAGAAUAUCCCGACAGAAUCAUGAACACAUACUCAGUUGUACCCUCGCCCAAAGUAUCAGACACAGUAGUUGAACCAUACAACGCGACUCUCUCAGUUCACCAGCUCGUAGAAAACACGGACGAAACAUACUGUAUUGACAACGAGGCCCUAUACGAUAUCUGCUUCCGCACACUUAAAUUGUCCACACCCACCUAUGGUGAUCUCAACCACUUAGUGUCCCUCACAAUGUCCGGUGUCACAACUUGCCUUAGGUUCCCCGGUCAGUUGAACGCUGACCUCCGUAAAUUGGCUGUCAACAUGGUACCAUUCCCACGUCUUCACUUCUUCAUGCCCGGUUUCGCACCCCUCACAUCUCGUGGCAGCAGACAAUACCGAGCACUUACCGUACCAGAACUGACCCAGCAAAUGUUUGAUGCCAAAAACAUGAUGGCUGCCUGUGACCCGCGUCAUGGCCGUUAUCUCACCGUCGCCGCUAUUUUCCGUGGUCGCAUGUCCAUGAAGGAGGUUGACGAGCAAAUGCUUAACAUUCAGAACAAGAACUCGUCCUACUUCGUAGAAUGGAUCCCCAACAACGUGAAGACUGCCGUAUGUGACAUCCCACCACGUGGUCUCAAGAUGGCCGCUACCUUCAUCGGUAACUCCACCGCCAUUCAGGAGCUGUUCAAGCGUAUCUCGGAGCAGUUCACCGCUAUGUUCAGACGUAAGGCUUUCUUGCAUUGGUACACUGGCGAGGGUAUGGACGAGAUGGAGUUCACUGAGGCUGAGAGCAACAUGAACGACUUGGUCUCAGAGUACCAACAGUACCAGGAGGCCACCGCCGACGAGGACGCCGAGUUCGAUGAGGAACAAGAGCAGGAGCUCGAAGACCACUAGACUGUCAGUUGCUAAGCAACCGCAACUAAAUAAAAUGCCAUUAUCCGUUACAUUAAGUAACAUUAAUGAUUCCUAUACAUUGUAAUUUGAAAAGGCCCGCUUUCUAACUUUUAACAAAACGCACGAGUUUAACAUACGUUUUGACAUGAAAGCAUUUUGUAUUGAUUAAUACAUUCCUUGUGAUUCCGAACUUCAGUGGGGCUUAAAAUGUCUGCUCCCUUCAAUGAAUGGACUAAAAGGUUGGCUUCCAUUCUGGAAGUCUUUAAAAAUGUUAUAUUUGUGUUCAAGAAUAAUUUAAUGUAUAUAAUAAAGUUUUUUAUUUA